AUGCUCGAUUACGAAGCCAUUCCAGGCACCAUUUCUUUCGUGGACAGCUCGCAAUCUGACAUUGUUCUCCACCCUACUCCCUCAUGUCACCCCGAUCAUCCUCUCAACCGGUCCUACCGACGUAAACUACGAAUGUUCAGCAUGGUCACGUAUACCGUUGCAGUGACAGUCCCCUCUGCCUCCAUAUACUCGGUUCUCACCUCCAUCUCUCAUAGCACAGGUCUCCCUCUGGCGACUCUCAACCAGGGAACAAGCUACAUGUUUCUCUUGUUUGACCUGGGUUGUAGUAUUUCGCAACCUCUUUCUCAUCAGUUUGGCAAACGACCCGUCCACCUGGUUGCAGUGCUAGGAACCGCCCUCAUUCAGUUGUGA